AUGGAUUCAACAUCUAUCCAACCAAUAGAUGAAGAACCUGCUGAAAAUGAUGUUUUCCCAGAGCACCUGUUGAAGAUUCACGACGCUCUUACUAAAUUUGAAACAGAAUGCAACAACAGAUUAGAUGAGUUAGAUAUUGAUGUUGACACUUUACUUGGAAAAGCAAGUGCAACACGUUCAAGUAUUGCUAACACUUCAUCCAAUUCUUCUUGUUCUUCUAUUGCAUCUUUAGAAAUGGUAAAUCUCGAAAGUGCAAGGCAAAACUCAGAUUUAGCAAUUAUAUCUGACGAGGAAUUUGAUUUUAACUGUUCAAUAAAUCAACUCAUAAUGAAUAUACGAAAUGAUCUUAAAACAAAAUCAUCAACGAGACGUUUGAUCGGAAAGGUGAAUCAGAAGUUCGUUGAUUCAUCACUUCAAAGAUUUUCAUCACAAGUUACUGCUAUGGUUAAUCAGCAAGUUAAUCAAAAACACAGCGAAUUAGAAGAAGAAAUUAAACAGAUCGAAACCGAGAUAGAUAACCUGAAGGAACAAGCUCAGAAGGAGUUUGCUGAACUAAGGGCCGCUAUCAAAGAUAUCCAACAGCUUCAAGAAAAAUCUACAAAUGAAAACGGCAACAAAAAGUCGUUAAGUCAGAAAAUUACAUCUCCCACAUUAAUACGUAAAGAUUCAAUGAAAUUCAGGCGUCCUAAGAGUACAAACAAAAUCCCCAGCAUUACAGAACUGAUGCUGAAUGCGACUCGCCCUGAAUCUAUCAAAGAUAUAUACAUAUAA